GUGUGAUCGGGGAAAGGGGAACGUGGAAGGAAAUUAACUUUGACCCCUGGAUGCUGGCUCUGGGCCCAGAACUUGGGUGGAAGGCAAAGGUUUCCAAGACCCUUCCCACCCCCUCUUCCCCCCUCCCUCCGCCUCCCGCGCCCCUUUAAGCUACGCAGCAGACGGAGAAAGAGUUUGUCCUGGAGGGGCUGGGAAGUCUGGGGGCGGAGGGAAGGGCGGCGGGAGCUCGACCGUCCCACCCCUAGCUACAACCCCUGGCUGGAAGAGCUUGUACCGGGAGUCGCCGCCGAAAGGGGCGGGCGGGGCAGCCAUGCUCCUCUCUGGGGGCGACCCCCCGGCUCAGGAAUGGUUCAUGGUGCAGACAAAAUCGAAGCCUCGGGUGCAGCGACAGCGGCUACAAGUGCAGCGCAUCUUCAGGGUCAAGCUGAAUGCCUUCCAGAGCCGCCCGGACACCCCCUACUUCUGGCUGCAGCUCGAGGGGCCCCGGGAGAACACGGGCAAAGCCAAGGAGUACCUGAAGGGCCUGUGUAGCCCAGAGACAUGGAAGGAGGUUCGCUACCCACCGAUCCUGCACUGUGCCUUCCUUGGGGCCCAGGGCCUCUUCCUGGACUGCCUCUGCUGGAGCACCCUGGCCUACCUGGUGCCUGGCCCCCCUGGCUCCCUGAUGGUGGGUGGGCUGACUGAGUCUUUCAUCAUGACCCAGAACUGGCUGGAGGAGCUGGUGGGGCGUCUGCGCUGGGGCCCUGCCCCUCUGCUCACCCCCCGGGGAAUCUGGGAGGCCGAGGUGACCCGGGCCUUUGGGGCCCUGGUCUGGAUCCGUGGUGACCAGUAUGCAGGAGACCUGCUGCAGCUGCCCCCAGCAGUCCAGGAGCUACUGCUGAGCCUGGUGCGAGAUGCUGCAGGCAAGGAGGACAUCAUUGAGUGGCUCAGUCACUUUGGCAUCUCUGACACCCACUCCGACCCGGAGGUCCUGAUCUGUCCUCCCCAGCAGCAGAAGGAAGGCCCAGCCAUGGUGUCCAUGGGAGAGAGUCCUGGGCCCUUCCUAGAGAUGGGGACCCUCCAGAACGGGGGCCCAGAAAAGUCAAAGAAAUUAACCAGCUUGGGAGCCAGCACAUCCCUGAUCCCAGCCCAGAGUACACAGCAGGAGGCAGCAAGCCAGCUGGUAUGGGUCAGUUCCAACAACCAGAAUGAUAUGGACAGCACUCAAGAGGAAGGGCCAGCGCAAGCCACCAGCAACCAGGACUCUGGGAACCACACACAAGCCUUGUUGCAGCAAAGGCAGAUCCAGAGAGUAGAAGAUAAGCUCCCCUUCCAGACUCCAGUGUCAGCCCUGGGUGUGUGCCCCCCCUGGAAGGCCUGGACCCCUGGGCCAGCCUUUGGGCCCUUAUGGCCAGGGGCUAUUGCUGCAACCUUCUGGAGGAUCAACGAGCUGCAUUCUCUGCACCUGGCCUGGCUUCUGUCCCAGGCGUGCUUCAGUUUCCCCUUCUGGCAGAGACCUCUGGGCCCCAUUCAGCUGAAGCUGCCAGGGCAGAAUCCUUUGCCCUUAAAUCUGGAGUGGAAGCAGAAGGAGCUGGCUCCUCUGCCCAGUGCGGGAAGCCCAGCUUGUGGACCUGAUCGGGUGCUGGGAGGAGAGGCAGCCCUGCAGAAUUGCCCGACUAGGUCAGAGUCCCCCUCAAAAGUCAUGAGUUUAUUGGUGGUCCCAGGGGGCUCAGAUGUAAAGGACAAAGUUAGCCCAGGACUUCCUCAGAUAGGGCCACCCUUGACCUCUACACCACAGCUACAAGCUGGAGGUGAGCCUGGGGAUCAAGGAAGUAUGCAGACAGAUUGUAAGGAACUGAAAGAGAGACCCUGUCCAGAGCCUCCCGUGGGGCAAGGGAGACCCAUGACAGCUCACUCAGUACCUGAAGCCCAAGCAGUGCCUGAAACUCUCAAAGUGCCUGUUGCUGCAACAGUGUCCAAAGCUGAAAACCCACACACAACUCAGGAGCUGCCUGCAGCUCGCAAAGUGCCUACAGCCCUGAUGAUGCUGGCAGUGCAUACAGAGCCCUUGGCUCCCAAAGUGCCUUCGGCUCCAACGAAGCCAGCAGCUCAAGUGGUGCCCACAGCACAAAAAGUAGCUGUGGGUCAACUGGCAUCAGGAGAUCAAGGGGUGCCGAGGACACCAAAAACUCCCACAGCUCAGAAGAUGCCUGCAGCCAAAACACCCAAAGCUCAAACUGGACCUCCAGCUAAAACAGGGUCUACAGCUCCCAAAGCACCUGCAGCUCCCAAAGCGUCUGCAACCCCUAAAGCCUCCAGAGCUCCCAAAACACCUGCAGCUCAGAAGAGGUCCACAGAGGCAGGGGCAACCUUGGAUGCAGCCAAACUGCUAAGUGAGGUCCAGCCCUCAUCAAGGGGUAGUGCCUCCUUCCCAAAGGGCCCCGGGGAGGCUGGAGGAAGGCAGGGUCCCCAGGCCAGCAACACCUUGGCCCUCAGCAGUAAACACCAGUUCCAGAUGGAAGGGCUUCUGGGGGCUCCUUGGGAGGGGGCCCCGAGGCAAUUGCCUCGCCACCCACAGGUGAACAGCACAGUGACCAGCUUUCAGAGGUACCAUGAGGCCUUGAAUACACCCUUCGAGCUGAACCUGUCUGGAGAACCUGGAGACCUGGGAUUGCGGCGAGUGGUCAUUGAUGGCAGCAGUGUGGCCAUGGUGCACGGCCUCCAGCACUUCUUCUCCUGCCGAGGCAUUGCCAUGGCUGUGCAGUUUUUCUGGAACCGGGGACACCGAGAAGUCACUGUGUUUGUACCCACCUGGCAGCUGAAGAAGAACCGGAGGGUGAGAGAGAGCCACUUCCUGACAAAGCUACACUCACUUAAGAUGCUUUCAAUCACCCCCUCCCAGCUGGAGAAUGGCAAGAAGAUCACCACCUAUGAUUACAGGUUCAUGGUAAAGCUGGCAGAGGAGACAGAUGGAAUCAUUGUGACCAAUGAGCAGAUUCACAUCCUGAUGAAUAAUUCCAAGAAACUGCUGGUCAAAGAUCGCCUGCUGCCCUUCACCUUUGCGGGAAAUCUCUUCAUGGUGCCAGAUGACCCCUUGGGCCGUGAUGGCCCCACCUUAGAUGAGUUUCUGAAGAAGCCAAACAGGUUGGACACUGACAUUGAUAACUUCUUGAAGGUGUGGAAGACCCUUCCUCCCAGUUCAGCCAGGGUCUCUGAGUUGACUGACGAUGCUGCUGACCCGGGGCCCAUGGAGAGUCCACAGAAGUUGGAAGAAAUCAGGGAGAAGGAGGAGAGGCAGGAUGAGGAGCAGAGAGAGGGUCAGGAGAAGCUAAAGCCAGCUGAGGAGGAUGACCUUGACUCUUCCCUGGCGUCGGUGUUUGGAGUAGAGUGCCCUUCCCUUUCAGAGGAGAUCCUCCGGUGCCUGAGCCUGCAUGAUCCCCCCGACGGGGCCCUGGACAUCGACCUCCUGCCGGGGGUGGCUUCUCCCUACCUGGGUAUCCCCUGGGAUGGGAAGGCUCCUUGCCAGCAGAUUCUGGCCCACCUGGCCCAGCUAACUGUCCCCAGCAACUUCACUGCACUCUCCUUCUUUAUGGGGUUCAUGGACUCCCACCGAGAGGUCAUCCCCGACUAUGAAGGACUCGUGGGCCCCCUGCACAGUCUCCUCAAGCAGAAGCCAGACUGGAAGUGGGACCGGGAGCAUGAGAAGGCCUUCCUGGCGUUGAAGCGGGCCCUGGUGUCCACCCUCUGCCUGACGGCCCCCAACCCUCAGCUGCCCUUCCUCCUGGAGGUGACAGUGAGCCAGGUGGCCCUAACGGCCAUUCUCCACCAGGAACACUCAGGGAGGAAGCACCCCAUAGCCUAUACCUCAAAGCCUCUCCUUCCUGAUGAGGAGAGCGAGGGCCCCCAGUCGGGUGGAGACAGCCCCUACGCCGUGGCCUGGGCCCUCAAGCAUUUUUCCCGCUGUAUUGGAGAUGCCCCGGUGGUCCUGGACCUUUCCUAUGCUUCCCGAACCACUGUGGACCCAGAGGCGCGGGAGGGCCGCAGAGUUUCCAAAGCUUGGUUGAUCCGUUGGUCCCUCUUGGUACAGGACAAAGGCAAGAGGGCCCUGGAGUUGACCCUUCUCCAGGGCCUGCUGGGGGAAAACCGGCUGCUGACGCCUGCUUCCUCAAUGCCUCGUUUCUUCCAGGUUCUGCCCCCGUUUUCUGACCUGUCCACUUUUGUCUGUAUCCACAUGUCAGGCUAUUGCUUCUACCGUGAGGAUGAGUGGUGUGCCGGCUUUGGUCUCUAUGUCCUGUCUCCCACCAGCCCCCCGGUCUCCCUUGCCUUCUCUUGCUCCCCUUACACGCCAACAUACGCUCACCUGGCAGCUGUGGCCUGUGGCCUAGAGCGCUUUGGCCAGUCCCAGCUUCCAGUGGUUUUCCUCACCCACUGCAACUGGAUCUUCAGCCUCCUCUGGGAGCUCCUGCCCCUCUGGAGGGCUCGGGGCUUCCUCUCCUCUGAUGGGGCACCCCUGCCGCACCCAAGCCUGCUCUCCUAUAUCAUAUCUCUCACCUCCGGCCUCUCAUCCCUCCCAUUUAUCUAUCGGACCUCCUACCGGGGCUCUCUCUUUGCUGUGACAGUGGAUACCCUGGCCAAGCAGGGUGCCCAGGGGGGUGGGCAGUGGUGGAGUUUGCCGAAGGACGCGCCGGUCCCUGUGGUGACUCCCCAUGCUGUGGGCAAGAGGCCCAACUUGCUGGCCUUGCAGCUGAGUGACAGCACCCUGGCUGACAUCAUUGCCAAGUUGCAGGCUGGGCAGAAAUUGCCCGGCUCCUCACCCUUCAGUUCUGCCUUUAACUCACUCAGCCUCGACAAGGAGAGUGGUCUGCUCAUGUUCAAGGGAGAUAAGAAGCCCAGGGUCUGGGUAGUCCCGAGGCAACUCCGGAGAGAUCUGAUUUUCUGUGUGCAUGACAUCCCCUUGGGGGCCCACCAGAGGCCCGAGGAGACCUACAAGAAGCUGCGGUUGCUCGGGUGGUGGCCUGGGAUGCAGGAGCACGUGAGGGAUUACUGCCGGAGCUGCUUGUUCUGCAUUCCCCGCAAUCUCACAGGCAGCGAGGUGAAGAUUAUCGAGUCCCCGUGGCCCCUUAGGUCCACUGCCCCUUGGUCAAACCUGCAGAUUGAGGUGGUGGGCCCAGUCACCGUAAGUGAGGAGGGCCACAAGCAUGUGCUGAUUGUGGCUGACCCCAACACCAGGUGGGUGGAGGCGUUCCCGCUGAAGCCCUACACGCACACGGCCGUGGCCCAGGUGCUGCUUCAGCAUGUGUUUGCAAGGUGGGGUGUUCCCAUCAGGCUGGAGGCGGCCCAGGGCCCCCAGUUUGCCCGGCAUGUCCUGGUGAGCUGUGGGCUGGCUCUGGGAGCGCAGGUGGCCUCCCUGAGUAGAGAGCUCCAGUUCCCCUGCCUGACGAGCUCAGAGGCCUACUGGGAAUUCAAGAGGGCCCUCAAGGAGUUCAUUUUCCUGCAUGGCAAGAGGUGGGCCUCCUCCCUGCCCUUGCUGCACCUGGCCUUCAGGGCCUCCUCCUCUGAGCCCUCGCCAUUCCGGGUCCUAACGGGGGUCGAGGUGAGGCUGGCCGAGCCCCUGUGGUGGGAGAUGAGCAGCGCAAACAUUGAAGGGCUCAAGAUGGACGUCUUCCUGCUACAGCUGGUCGGAGAGCUGCUGGAGCUCCACUGGAGAGUGGCCGAGAAGGCGGGUGAGAAGGCCGAGAACAGGCGUUUCAAGCGGGAAAGCCAGGAGAAGGAAUGGAACGUGGGGGACCAGGUCCUCUUGCUGUCCCUUCCCAGGAAUGGUAGCAGUGCCAAAUGGGUGGGUCCCUUCUAUAUCGGGGACCGGCUGAGCUUGUCUCUCUAUCGGGUAUGGGGUUUCCCGACUCCAGAGAAGCUGGGCUGCAUCUAUCCUAGCAGUCUGAUGAAGGCCUUUGCCAAGAGUGGCACACCGUUGUCCUUCAAGGUCUUGGAGCAGUGAGCAGGAGCAGUGGGGGAGCCCCUGCCCCAGGGGUCCUGGGUUUCUGCUGCUAGGCCUCUCUCUGCCCCACAGUGCUCUCAGCCCCUUGGGGGCCCUUAGUUGUGCCUUUUUUAGAGAAGAUGCUUCAUAAAGCUUUGCCGAAUUGCCUUGAACUAGGGACCAGUGUCCCUAUGGAAAUAUCCCUAGUGAGGGGUACUUGGAGAAUUUGCCAAAGGCUGUCAGAUAUGGCUCCCUGGCAGUUCUAUACUGAGCAGUAGGAAGUCCUCCUACUAAGGUAGGCCAGGCUCAGUCUCUUCCCCAAGUGCCCUUUCCCCGGCCACACACAUGCAGGUGUGCGAUGGUCACCCCCUGCCCCAAAUCUUACUGUCUUAACCAGAGACUGUGGCUCUGGACCUCAGAAUUAGAACCUCUCCCACACAGAAACCUCAAAUGCAGGCCCCUUCCUCCAAACUGUUCAUCUGGGGACCCUUUGCUCCUACAGUUGUCACAGCUGACACACAUUCAUGCAGGCUGGGAGGGAGGCAGCUGGCUCCUUAGCCUCAUGGUCAGCUCUCUUAAGCCAGGCACAGCCUGCUCAGCUGUCAAGGAGGGGCUGGACAUCCUCAUGGGACGUGAGGGCGGUGGCUUGGAGUGGGAAGAUGGU